AUGACGAAUGCGAAACGAUCCGACGAUCUUGCUUUUCAUUCAGAAAGUUUGCGGAAGCAAGAAAAAUUCAAGAAGAUCGUCAUUUUAUUUGAAGAUUUACCUCAACAUGAGCUUGGAAAGCUUCCAAGAGAAUUGUAUCCAAUAUGUAUCACAAAUGACAUCACUAAACUUGACGAGUACAAAGAAAUGUUUAAGCUUUUAAAGUUUGUUUCCAAGGAAAAAAUCCUCAUUAAAUUGGAAAAGAUAAUAGAAGUCAUUGAAUAUUUCGUACAAGAUACACAGCAAGAAGAAUUGAGGACUAAGAUGAGACAGCUCAGAGAACCCUUUGUUUAUUUUUACAAAAACAUUGAAGAAAGUGGAAUAAACACAAUCACUAAUACACCCGCAUCAACUCAUGAGAGAUUUGAACUGAAAAAGAAAGGUGCUUCAGGAAGACAAGAAAUGAUGGAGAAACUAAAAGAAAUGGCUAAGCAUAAUAUUGCACCAGUUGUAACAAAAUAUGAGCAAGCUCUUUGGAAAUGCAUUGAUUAUAUAAACAGAAAGAUGGAAAAGUAUCUAAGACCAUUGCAAGAAGCACCAUUUUUUUUAUGA